CAUCGACAAUUCAAAGCCAACGUGUGAUAGACAACAAGAUUAGAAUUCUAAGGACACCCUCUGCAAGCGCCAAGUGUUCCCGCGCCACUAAAUGGCAUAUUUCCUUUCUGUCCACCCACAAUUUCUCACGACUUUUCUUGUGCCAUCUAUCAAACCGCCACGGAGGCAACAUCCCAACGGUUUUCCGCUCUUCGUACUGCCCGUCGAACAAUGUCCAAUUUGAAUGAAGGAACGAAUCCAGAACUGCAAGCCUGCAUUCAUUGCCGUUGCCCAACUGCGAAAAGGUGCACCGGAUGUUUAGGAGCACCAGAUUAUGACGACAAACCCUCGGUGUCCACGUUCUACUGUAGCUUCGCGUGUCAAAAGGCAGAUUGGCCUGGGCACAGAACAGAAUGCCGGAAACUGCAAGCCCGAAAAUCGUUGAGCAGAGCGGCAUCAUUACUUCAGGAUAUCGUCUACAAGAUCAGAGUGCAGACAACAACACUCGAAAUCAAAUCAGCACAUGUGGAAGGCAUGACAGUCUAUCUGAACGGACCUCUACCCAACCCACUGUGUACUCAGCAGAUGACGCCCUUUCCUACUCACUUGUUCAAAGAUCAAGCCAUACUCAAGUCUGCUUUAGUGUACACAGCAUGCAUGGAGGCUAUGGUGUUUCUCUACAGUUUUACCAAGGAGCUGCUGCGAGAUAUUUGCUCGGAGAUAAAAGAAAUCACCGUUAGCGUGAUCAAACACGGAUUGCGAAUCUGCUUUGGCCCCGCCCACGGCCUAAAGGUCAACAUGCCGCAGUCCAUGUACCAUAAUGUGUAUAAAGUUGUACUGAAACAGGGCGAGGUUUGGGCCAUAGACCCCACUGGAGCGCAAUUUGGUUACUACGAGCCUUUGUGCUCUUGGAAAAGUUUCCAGCAGAGAAUAAGCACGGUUGACAGAGCGAAUGAGCUUGGUUACAUUCGCCACAAAGUCUUCUAUAAUUCCGCAAAGUAUCCUGUCAAAUUCAUGGUCUCCAAGCAAGCUGAGAAGGAAGAGUUGGUCAAAACACUAGAGGACUGGCUCUCCGUGUGGGUAACACUGCACGGCGGAAAAUUCAACGCUAUACUGCAAGGGACAGAGGCAACUUUCGAGUCAACCAAGAAUGAGUUUCUAAAGCAGCUGAGCGCCCAUGUCAAAAAGUCGCUGGCCAGAAUGUAUAUGCCCGCCGAGAUCGCGAAACGGACGGAAGAGGUUGAGGCGCGGAUCGCCCAGAAUCAAGCAGAUCCUAUCAGCCGAAACGAGUUCGAAGGAUUCCGCAAAUUCCUUGUGUCUGCAAUGGGCAACCCAUCUCUAUAAAGUGGACCGCAACGAGGUUUGCUUGCGAGACAUGAAAUGGUGAGAAGUCGAGGCAGAUACAGAGUGCGUGGCGUUGAACAAUACUUAUCAAUGCCAGUGAUCGCACGAAGUUAAGACUAGAUAUUUAUCUAUAAAAAGCGACGGUAAGCGGCGCGCGUGGCUAUAGAAAUCAGGUUGUGAUGGAGGCACGAGUAGGAGAGGUACGAGAGGCAGAUGGCAACAACGAAUGGCCCGCCCGGCUGUGACUGCCCAAAGAUGUUUCCAGAAAAAUUCCGCAUUUUAGGCAUAGCGUAAAAUACAAUACAGUAUCUAAUACCGCGC